UCUAACUUCUAUAUUUUCCCCCUGGCAUAUAAUACUCUGUGCUAACAACGUUCUUCUUCAUCUGCACAGAUCCCAUUGCGGUACCCAGUAAUCUCAUGAUGAAUAUGGGGUUAACAGGCUAUCAUCUUCCCUUGGUCCUGUGUCUGAUCAUCAGAAAAGUAUACAGUCAGUACCCUGUGGAUGAUGAUGAGACAGUAAAUGGGAUUCUCAACCAACCUGUUUCUUUAAACUGUAUAUACCUUACCCCAGAUAACUGGGACCAUAAGGAGGUGCAAGUCAUCUGGUUCAAAAACUUUACAGUGAAAUUAUGGGACUGUAUAGUAAAGCAAGAGGAAGCUCCUCUCUGCCAGAGCUCACCGUUCAUAGACAGAAGUCAGCUCUCAAAUCACAUAAUGGAUGGAAACGUCUCUCUGGAGAUACACAAGCUGCAGGCUUCCGAUGCUGGACCCUACCAGUGCUGGGUGAUGCUCUCUGACUUCUACAAAAGACAAGACCUGAUGCUCAGGGUACAAGAUGAACCUAAAGAUGAUCUGACAAUCCAAUAUGAAGCAAGACAGUCUGUCAAUCAACUUGAGACCAAUCAUUUAAAGAGCGAUCUUAUUAUGGGCGGGUGGCUCUUUACUCUCUUAUUGUCUGGAUUUAUUUUUUAUCAAAAUUGUUGUAUAAGGAAUAAAAAGCGGAACUACAGGAUCAUCAUCUGAUUCAUCCAAAAAUUUUAUUCAUAAAGACGUAUCCAAAGAAAAUCAAGGAUCUGAAUCUAAAAAAACUAUAAAGCUUCUGAACUAAUUUUUAUGGGCUAGAUUAUAAGUGGUGCGCUAUUUAGCGCAUUCGCUCGAGUGCAAACACAACCAGAAGUAAGCUUUUAACGCACAGGUUAUUAUAAAUGUUUAGGAAAUAUAUAUUUAAAAAUAAAAAGAACAUUUCUUGUAUCUGAAGAACAUUGGAAUGUAAAAAUGGCUAACGCACUUCGGGUUUCGUGCUGUAGGUCUAACACGGCGUCAGGUUAGCACGCAUGAUGAAUUAGUUAUCUAAAGGCGCGGUAUGUAAAUAUUAAAUGAAAAAUAUGUAAACAAAUAU